GCAGGGCAUGCCGCGUCAGGACAGACUGUCGAGUCAAGCCGAGUAGAGCGAGAGGGAAUAAGAACAGACCGAGCACCACGUACAGCAGUUGACGGACGGACGCCGCUUAGCUACUCUAUUAUUUUCUCCGUGCUGAAGCUCUUUUAGGCCUAGCCUACCACAUAACGCCAACAUGCGUGAGAUAGUGCACCUACAAGCCGGCCAAUGCGGCAAUCAGAUCGGGGCUAAGUUCUGGGAGGUGAUUAGCGAUGAGCAUGGUAUUGACCCCACAGGAACAUAUCAUGGCGACAGUGACCUGCAGCUGGACAGGAUCAAUGUCUACUACAACGAAGCCUCAGGAGGUAAAUACGUUCCACGUGCCAUCCUGGUUGACCUGGAACCUGGAACCAUGGACUCCGUCCGCUCUGGACCUUUUGGGCAGAUCUUCAGGCCCGACAACUUUGUGUUUGGUCAGAGUGGUGCCGGAAACAACUGGGCCAAGGGCCACUAUACAGAGGGGGCCGAGCUGGUUGACUCAGUGAUGGACGUGGUCAGGAAGGAGGCUGAGAGCUGCGACUGCCUCCAGGGCUUCCAGCUGACGCAUUCUCUGGGUGGCGGCACGGGAUCUGGCAUGGGCACGCUGCUGAUCAGCAAGAUCCGCGAGGAGUACCCCGACCGCAUCAUGAACACCUUCAGUGUGGUGCCCUCGCCCAAGGUGUCCGACACAGUGGUGGAGCCCUACAACGCCACGCUCUCCGUCCAUCAGCUGGUGGAGAACACCGACGAGACCUUCUGCAUCGACAACGAGGCGCUCUACGAUAUCUGCUUCCGCACGCUCAAGCUGACCAACCCCACGUACGGCGACCUGAACCACCUGGUGUCGGCCACCAUGAGCGGAGUGACCACCUGCCUGCGCUUCCCCGGCCAGCUCAACGCCGACCUCCGCAAGCUCGCCGUCAACAUGGUGCCCUUCCCCCGUCUGCACUUCUUCAUGCCGGGCUUCGCCCCGCUCACCAGCAGGGGGAGCCAGCAGUACCGCGCCCUGUCCGUGCCCGAGCUGACCCAGCAGAUGUUCGACUCCAAGAACAUGAUGGCCGCCUGCGACCCGCGCCACGGGCGCUACCUCACGGUGGCCGCUAUCUUCCGCGGCCGCAUGUCCAUGAAGGAGGUGGACGAGCAGAUGCUCAACGUCCAGAACAAGAACAGCAGCUACUUCGUGGAGUGGAUCCCCAACAACGUCAAGACGGCCGUCUGCGACAUCCCGCCCCGGGGGCUCAAGAUGUCCGCCACCUUCAUCGGCAACAGCACCGCCAUCCAGGAGCUGUUCAAGCGCAUCUCUGAGCAGUUCACCGCCAUGUUCCGCCGCAAGGCCUUCCUGCACUGGUACACGGGCGAGGGCAUGGAUGAGAUGGAGUUCACAGAGGCCGAGAGCAACAUGAACGACCUGGUGUCCGAGUACCAGCAGUACCAGGACGCCACCGCCGAGGAGGGCGAGUUCGAGGAAGAUGCCGAGGAGGAGUUGGCCCAUGCCUAGACUCCCCUCUACUCUCUCCUCUAUACUCCUCUUGUCUCCUCUCCUCUCCUCUC